AUGGAUAAUCUCACACCCAAGGACCAGCCACCGCACGAUUCUGAGAAUGGGAUUCCUGCUCAAGAAAAAUUCAAAAGCUCGCCACUACAAUGGCCCCAAUCCAAGAGAGUCGGGCACGUUGUCCUCGUUAGUGUCCUCACACUAGUAAUGAACCUCUCGUCGGCGAUCUUUUCACCCGGAGCUAGGUACUUCGCAGAGGAGUACGGGAUCACUAACCCCAGUCUACAAAGCCUCAUAGUCAGCAUUAAUAUGUUAGGGCUCGUGUGUGGCCCGCUUGCUGUUGCGCCUAUUUCGGAACUUUAUGGGCGUCUCAUGCCGUACCAUGUAUGCAACCUCAUAUUCUUCGGUUUUACAAUAGGCUGUGCCAAAUCAACUGGCACUGUGAUGUUCCUCGCGUUCAGGUUUCUGGCAGGAUGCGCAGGCUCAGCACCGUUGACAAUUGGGGUUGGAACCAUUGCAGAAGUUAUUCCAAAAGAGCAACGAGGCGUGGCAAUGGGUAUGUUCUCGUUGGGCCCGACACUGGAACCGUCGCUAGGGCCUAUAAUAGGCGGGUUUGUUGCAGAAUAUAAGGGAUGGAGAUGGACGUUCUGGGUGCUUUUGGUUUUGGUAAGUACGAAUAUCCAAAGAACGCAGGGUUGCACACAAAGCAUCCCUCAAGAUAGCCAGGGCCUUGCUUCUGAAAAGAAAAAGCUCAUGGCGAAAGAAAUGCCAGCCCACUUCCUACGCGCGCUACUGACACCGAUAAAGCUCCUCAUAUUCCACCCGGCAGUACUCCUCACCUCACUAUCAGUUGCAUACGCUUUCGGCUUAUCCUUUCUGCUGUUUACAACUUCUCCGAGCGUUUUCCAAAAGCAAUAUGGCUUCUCGCUUGGCAUUUCAGGUCUUUGCUACCUCGGGAUGGGCACAGGAAUGUUGAUUGGCGUCUCCAUAUUCAGCCUGACAAGCGAUAAAUUGCAGUACUGGCACCGUCGGCGCAAUUUCCACGAGCCAGAAAACAGACUGGCGCUUAUGGCCAUAUUCUGCCCUGUGAUACCAGUUGGGUAUUUUUGGUAUGGAUGGUCGGCAGAUAAAGUAACGCAUUGGAUUGUACCUAUCAUCGACACCUCGUUGAUUGGGCUGGGUACCCUAUUCAUACUGGUUAAUGCCAGUGCAGCUCUAUUACCUCUUGCUGGCCAACCGUUAUAUGAUAAACUUGGUUUUGGACGGGGAAAUAGUCUACAUGGAUUCUUGGCUAUCGUGUUUAUACCUAUUCCCUGGCUGCUUUAUCGGUACGGGAGACAGCUACGUGAGUGGUCUGAGUCGAGGCACGGAGACUUGUGGACAAGCAAAGGAAAGAAGCCAUAG